CGUUGCCAUUCCGCUCAGUUUCAGUUUCAGUUCAGUCAGUUCAGUCUUCAUUUGGGCCCAAACGCGUUCGCUUGGCCAGCGCGCUUGACACUCCGCUGCCGCUUCGCCCCCUUCGUCCCUCGCUCAUACUCUCUUGCCUUUUUCAAGUGUAUGCGUGCACCUGCCUACGUGUGUGCAUGUGUGUGCGUGUGUGUGUGUUAACAAAAUGUGAUUAGCAAAAAUACAAAGAAAUCAGGCAUAGUGGAACAAGGCAUUGUGGCUGAAACAACAGUCAACGGUAACAGCAAUGCAUAUAAACAAAAAAAAUACAAUAAUAAUCAUACACAACAAAUAAAAUAUAAAAAAAAACAAAUUUUUAAAGAUAUACACGAAAUGCGAAAAUUUGCAUAAAAAGCAAUGCGCUGGCGCGGCAACAAAGCGCGGCCAUAAAAAAAUAAAUAAUAAACGCCAACGACAAUUCUGAAUUUUGUGCUUUAUCGGCAACAGCAGCAACAAUUAAAUUAAUAUUGAACUACACCCAACGUUAACAAAAGUAGCAGCCAUAAAAAAAACACCACCACCACAACAGCAACAACAACAACUACGAAAAGCGGCAACAGCAACAACCAUAAACGUUGUCUACCUCUUUUUUUUUACCUUUUCAAGUGUGUGUUUUUUGUUGCUGCUGCAAGAGAGAUAUAUAGAGAGAUCCGGAGAGCAGGAGCCGCAGACAAAGAGAGGGCCAGAUCGGGGCUUAACUCCGACUCCGACUCCCGACUCCCGACUUCGACUUCAACCAGUUCCAGUUGCUCGAAGUGAUACUGAUAUGACCAGCUGUCUGCCAGCAGCCACAGAUGCAAUCCGCUGCCACAGAUGAUGCUAUUUGAGCAACCUUAAUUGGGAGAAUCCUCCAAGAUGCACGAACUCUUUAACAAAGUGCUCGCCAAGCGCGAUCUCUCCAGAGCCGGAGAUCUUUUCUCCGUGCCAGAUGCUGAUAUUGUCGACGACAUCACGGAGGUGCUCUCCGAGAUCAGCCCGAUCAUCUCGCAUGCGGACUAUGUGAAUAACAACAAUGACCAGAGCGUGGUGGAAAUCUGUGUGACACGGGUGCUGUCUUGCAUCCGGGAAACACGCACUGCCGAGAGGUAUUGCGCUGCUCUGGUUGAUCUUCUAAAGACCUGCCUGUUGUGGAACCUCCAACCUUCGGUAACCACAAAAGAAGAACCACCCCACGCCAAGAUCGCCGCCGAUAUCAUCUCUAGCAUUUUUCUGAACUAUGACAAAAAAGAACUGAUGAAAAUUGCCCUUCCUGUCGCCGUACAAUUCCUUCCUAAAGGAAACCGAGAGCUGUCAAGAAACCUGGCCAGUUACUUAUCUCUGGCGGCCAUUGAUUACGCCUGCUUACUAAGUCCUCAUACAGAAUCCGUCAUGGAAUCGAUUCUGUCCGGAAACUAUGGACUACUGCGAGUGCUUUCGCAGGUGUAUGAGGUGGCUCCGGAGGCGGUAACGCCACAUGCCCCACUUCUAAUGCCCCUGCUGCCACAGUGUGAUUCCCAAGAGCGGAUGGCGGUGUUCCAGCUGUAUCUACUGAUUGUCCAGAAGUCGCCUGAGGUUCUGGAAUCGUGCGUUCCACAGCUUUGUGGCUUCCUCCUUGAUAGCGAUACCUCCAGCAUCACCAUGCAGAUUCUUCUGAAACUGUCCCAGCACUCGCCAAACCUUCUAAUCGAUCACUUUGAGCAACUUCGUCUGGCGGCCAAGACUAAUCCUGGAACGAUUCCACUCUGUGCCCAGAUAAUGACUACGGCGGGAAUCGGAAGCAAGGAGACGGCCCAGCAGGCUUUGGAUUUUGUCCUGGAACAUUUGCCCACCCAGGCACUUUUGCAACAGGAGGCCACUCGCCUCUGUUCCGCUUAUCCUGUUUUAUUUACCGACAAGGUCCUGGCCUGUGUGCGGCAAAAAAAUGCAGCUCUUAGCCCUCAACAGGAUAUGGGUAAUGCUUUGGGAAACAAGACUUCCGGUGGUGUCACUAUUGUCAGCUUAAACAGCUCCAGUCCCAGUCCGCCUCUUAAGCCAGCUCCAAUUGCCACACCGUCCACCAAUUCCAGCAUCAUCCAGCCGGCCAUCGUAGCCAGUGCCACACCCACUGUACCUCCCGCAUCUGCCUCGGUGCCCGUUGCCACCUCCACGCCCGUGCCAGCUGCCACACCCACACCGCAGCAUGCGGGCUACACGAGGCGGGUGAAACUGGGAGAUUCCCGGAGCACAGGUCGUCUACAUCCCGCCAGUAACACGCACCGGAGUGUGACCCGGUUGAAUGUGGCUACUGGAUCAGUUGGCGGACUGCACAAGAGCAUGACCCGCCUGAGCAAUUCUCAGAUUAACCAGCAACCUGGGGGCAGCUCCAAUGGCAAUGUGAUCGUUCAAUCGGGUGCCACACCCAAGACACCAACUGCUUUUAGUAAUCCGCCCGUAACUCCAGUACCGCCUUUAAGUAACAAUGUGGUCAUAACUGGACAUAACCGGCAUGGAAUACCUGUGACCUCUGGAGGAGUAACUGUGACCACUUCGCCAUCCAAGGUACGACCCCAUUCUCAAGGACCCUCCACGCUGCUGAACUCGAGCACGGUGCUGAUGAAGUACAGUACGGAUGCACUGAACCAGUCUGUGGGCUCGAUCUCCAUACCACAGACUUCUACGGCGCCCAUUUUGCCACCGACGCAGACACAGAAUGCGGUAUCCGUACACCAUGCCUCGCCAGCACUGCCCCAAUCCUCCACCAAUGGCAAUGCCAAGUCGGUGAUGAAGCUGCCUAUCAAUGGAAAUAGCGAAGUGAUUGUCUCAGGACCCACCACCAAUGUGGCACCUCGACGCAGCGAUAAUACCAGCAGGACCUUACUGAAUGCCAACAGUGUAAUGGACCAGCGGAUGAGCACUUUCGAGCCGUAUCAGAUUAUGCGUGAUCCCGUCCAGCAAUUCUGCGAGAAGAACUUUAAUUCGAUCAAGUCGUACAUGGAUGAGGUUUCGCAGCAUCUGCCACCGCCCACACGCUGCAGCAUCGAGGUUUCCAAUGAAUUUGCAGAGCGUCGUACCAAAAAGGUGGCCAAACUGCAUUUCGCCUGCCAGAUUCGUGGACCCCAUUGCCUGUACUCCAAAACUUGCUUCACGAUGCGGACUCGAAACCCCAAGACCUGGAUACAUAUGAUGUUCCUGGACUUCCAAGUGAGGCAUUUCGUGAAGGAGAAGUGUGUGCUGAGCACGCGUGAGUCUGGUAUUAGUAAUCUCAAGAAUAUCUGGCAGAUACUCAAGUGCGAAAACCGCAGCUUCACCGAGCUGGUUACCAGCCAGUUUCCUCAGGUCAAGGACCGCGAGAUCCUGGUAAACGAGCUGCGCCACUCGGGCUUCCUGGACGUAUUUGAGGUCUCUAAGACUGACAAGUCCAAUCCAAACUGCAAUGAGUUGGAGUACCAGUGGGGUUGCUUCUUGUGCAAUCAUCCGGAUAAAGCGGUGGGCUUCCUCAAUGGCAGCAAUCAGCCCAUGAUCGAAGGUCAGCUCAAGGAGAAGAAGGGCAAGUGGAGACUUUUCAGGCGCUGGCGAACGCGCUACUUUACUUUAUCCGGAGCGCAUUUGUCCUGCAAGGGAUCGAGCGGUGGCGAAAGCAUUGAUGUGAAUCAGAUAAGAUCUGUGAAGGUAUCGCGAGGUGCGCGAAACAUACCCAAAGCCUUUGAGAUCUUCACCGCCGACCAGACAUUAAUACUCAAGCCCAAGGACGGCAAGAAUGCCGAAGAGUGGGUGCAGUGCCUUAGCAUUGUGGUGGCCCACUCGCAGGCCCGAGACAAUCCCACGGCCAAGACGAAUAGCUUGCCAGCCCGCAGCAUGGGCAGCAGCAAGCCCUCCUUCUAGGAUUCUAGGAUGC